CUGCCCGCUCCCCUUCGCACAAGACAAUCUUAGUCUAGGCCCUGCACCUCUACCGCUUGGCUCCCUUCUUCUUUGGGUCGGUACAGAUGGCGGGCCAACCUACGGUGUACUACGUCACGUACACAAACCCGGCAAGCGCAGGAGGCGAGUUCGUCGGCGGCGGCGGUAGCAGUGUUGGAGCACCGCAUGUGGACCGGGCCCGACAGCAAGCUCCUGAGCCUCCUCCUGCCUACCCAUACCGGGGUUCGACCGCAUAUCCUCCUUCUGCCCCCCCGGCCCACCCCAGCUCCAACGGCGCCCGUCCUCCUCCUCCUGCCUACUCUGCUGUUACCCAGGGCGCAGCCGCAACCGCGCCGCCUCACGGCGGGGCCCCGGCAUACCCUGGCCUCAACGCACAGCACGGUGCCCCCCGUCCUCCUGCCUACCAGGCCGCAACCACCACCGUGCUCGGAUACCCUGGCCUCAACGCACAGAACGGUGCCCCCUGCCCUCCUGCCUACCAGGCCGCAACCACCACCACCGUCCCCGCCUACCCGGGCAUCAACGUCCAGCACCGCGGCUACUUUCCUGCCGCCCCCGGCGCGGACAGCAGCAGCGACGACCCGAGCGGUAGCCGGCGAGGUACGAAGAAGAAGAAGGAGGAGGCCGCCACCGAGGUGGCGCGCGAGUCGAGGAAGUGGAAGUGGGCCAUGUUUGUCCUAGGGAACCUGAUCUCCUUGGCGGUGGUCGCGUCGGAGAUCGGGGAGCUGAACGUGUGCUUCGAGGAGAACCUGGACGAGGACGAUGACGACACGCCGGAGGAGAACGCGUCCCGGGCGUACGGGGGCCUCAUGUUCACCCUGGUGCUCGGCCUCCUCGUGGACUUCAUCUCCGCCGUCCUGCUCUCCCUGGUGUACCGCUCCCCGCUGGACAUCAAGUCCACCCACAAGAUCCCGCCGGGGGACAUGCGGCACUGCGGCGGCACGUGCCUUGUGCACUUCGUGGCGCCCUUCUCCUGGGGGCUGGUCUACUGGGCGGGUGGCUACGUGAGCAUCAUGUACGGGGACAACGCCCCCUGCGGCGGCGGCACCGGCGGCGACGGGCUGGAGUCCUACCUGACGAUUUCCGGCGCCCUGAUGGCCGUGUUCGGGACCGGGAUGCUGGCCCUCUCGUUCGUCACGCUCAUGUUCGCGUGCUGCUCAUCGUCGUCGUCGUCGUCGUCGAGUUCUUCUCGGCCGCCCGCUGCCCGCCGGGGGUGCUGUUCCAAGGCGCGGGACGCGGUGCACAAGAGGUUCAUGUCCAAGAGCCCGAUCUUCGACCUGGCCUGGCAGGUGCAGAGUGUUCUCCUGUCCUACCGGGCCGGGGCGGUGAGCCUGGCGUCGGCCUUCCUCCUGGUCUCGUCGGGGGUGGUGGGGGAGGUGCUGGCCGCCUUUGGAAGCCUGGCGCCCGAGGAAAUCCAGGAACUUGUUGGGCCAAUAAGCGUGUGA